AGGCGGAGCCUGGUCAAUCCAGCCAAUUGAGCCGUAGCCCGGGCGCAGAAGCCCGGAUGGAGGAGGAUGGGAGCCGGGUUAACGUGAAGGUCUGCCCCGGCGUCUGCUGUGUUGGUUCAACGGUCUGAUCUGGAAAAUUUGCAGCCUCAACAUGGGCGGCAAAAACAAGAAGAACAAGGCCCCGGGAGCUGCGGCGGUUCGGGCCGCAGUGUCUGCUGCCAGAGCCAGAUCGGAGGCCGGAGCGGUUGGGGAAGCCCAGAGCAAGAAGCCUGUGUCGAGGCCGGUCCCUGCCGGCCCUCCCAGCGCCCGGGAGCCUAGAGUCAAGCAAGGUCCCAAAAUUUAUAGUUUCAAUUCUGCAAAUGACUCUGGAGGUUCUGCAAAUCUGGAUAAAUCUAUUUUGAAAGUGGUAAUUAAUAAUAAACUAGAACAAAGAAUUAUUGGAGUUAUCAAUGAGCAUAAAAAGCAAAAUAAUGACAAAGGAAUGAUUUCUGGAAGACUUACUGCCAAAAAAUUACAGGAUUUAUACAUGGCUUUACAAGCAUUUUCCUUUAAGACUAAGGACAUUGAAGAUGCCAUGACCAAUACACUCUUACAUGGAGGUGACCUUCAUUCUGCCUUGGAUUGGCUCUGUUUAAACCUUUCAGAUGAUGCACUUCCUGAAGGAUUCAGUCAGGAAUUUGAAGAGCAACAACCUAAAAGUAGGCCAAAAUUCCAGUCUCCUCAAAUACAAGCCACUAUUUCACUUCCAUUGCAAACUAAAACCAAAAAACAAGAAGAACCUCAGAUUAAGCCAAAAAAGGAAGAAAAAAAUAUGGAGGUAAAUAUGAAGGAGUGGAUUUUGAGGUAUGCUGAACAACAAAAUGAAGAGGAAAAGAGUUCUAAAAGUUUAGAAGAAGAAGAAGAAGAAGAAGAAGAAGAAGAAGAAGAAGAAGAACAGUUUGACCCUAAUCAAAGGUACUUGCAUCUCACAGCUAGACUUCUGGAUGCAAAGGAGCAAGCAGCUACCUUUAAACUAGAAAAAAACAAGCAAGGCCAAAAAGAGGCUCAAGAAAAAAUAAGAAAAUUUCAAAGAGAGAUGGAAACUUUAGAAGACCAUCCAGUAUUCAACCCAGCCAUAAAGAUUUCACAUCAACAAAAUGAAAGGAUAAAGCCUCCUCUAGCCACAGAAAAGGAAAGUGCUUUGGACUUUAAUUUAUUUGAAAAAUGUGCUGCUGCUAUUGAAGAAGAGAAAGGUAAAAAGAAAGAACCUCAUGACAUAAGAAAUUUUGACUACACUGCACGAAGCUGGACUGGAAAAUCUCCCAAACAAUUUCUAAUCGAUUGGGUGAGGAAGAAUCUUCCCAAGAGCCCAAAUCCUUCUUUUGAAAAAGUUCCAGUAGGUAGAUACUGGAAAUGUAGGGUGAGGGUAAUCAAGUCUGAAGAUGAUGUUCUGGUUGUGUGUCCUACAAUCUUAACAGAGGACGGAAUGCAGGCUCAGCACCUGGGAGCUACUUUAGCCCUGUAUCGUUUGGUAAAAGGGCAGUCUAUUCAUCAGUUACUCCCUCCUACUUACCGAGAUGUUUGGUUAGAGUGGAGUGAUGAGGAAAAGAAAAGGGAAGAAUUAAAUAAAAUGGAAACCAAUAAACCACGUGAUCUUUUUAUUACCAAACUUUUGAAUAAGUUGAAACAGCAACAGCAGCAGCAACAACAGCAGCAUUCUGAAGGUAAAAAAGAGAACUCUGAAGAUCCCGAGGAAUCCUGGGAAAACUUAGUUUCUGAUGAGGAUCUUGGUGCACUGUCCUUGGAAUCAACAAAUGCAGAAGAUUUGCAGCCUGUUAGGAACCUCUUUAGAAAGUUGCAAAGUACGCCUAAGUAUCAGAGACUUCUGAAGGAAAGACAACAGUUACCUGUGUUCAAACACCGGGAUUCAAUUGUGGAAACUCUUAAAAGGCAUCGGGUUGUGGUUGUGGCAGGUGAAACAGGAAGUGGCAAAAGCACUCAGGUGCCACAUUUCCUAUUGGAAGAUUUACUUCUAAAUGAGUGGGGAGCAAGCAAAUGUAACAUAGUCUGUACACAACCUCGAAGAAUCUCAGCAGUGAGUUUAGCCACCAGGGUGUGUGAUGAAUUGGGCUGUGAAAACGGACCUGGAGGACGGAAUUCUUUGUGUGGAUAUCAGAUCCGGAUGGAAUCUCGAGCUAGCGAAUCUACCAGGCUGCUAUAUUGUACAACAGGAGUUUUGCUAAGGAAACUUCAAGAAGAUGGUCUUCUGAGUAAUGUGUCUCAUGUUAUUGUAGAUGAGGUUCAUGAAAGAAGUGUCCAGUCAGAUUUCCUACUAAUUAUCUUGAAGGAAAUUUUGCAGAAACGUUCUGACCUACACUUGAUUCUGAUGAGUGCCACUGUGGACAGUGAAAAGUUUUCCACAUAUUUCACACAUUGUCCUAUUCUCAGAAUUUCAGGAAGAAGUUACCCUGUUGAGGUUUUCCAUCUUGAAGAUAUAAUAGAAGAAACCGGCUUUGUACUGGAGAAAGACUCAGAAUAUUGUCAGAAAUUUCUGGAGGAGGAAGAAGAAAUUACUAUUAAUGUUACAAGCAAAGCUGGGGGAGUAAGAAAAUGUCAGGAAUACAUCCUAAUUCAGACUGGAGCAAGUGCUGAAUUAAAUCCACUUUACCAAAAGUAUAGCAGCCGUACUCAGCAUGCUAUUCUCUACAUGAACCCUCAUAAAAUCAACCUGGAUCUCAUUUUGGGACUUCUUGUAUAUUUAGACAAAAGUCCCCAAUUCAGAAAUAUUGAAGGAGCAGUAUUGAUCUUUUUACCUGGCCUUGCUCAUAUUCAACAGUUGUAUGAUCUCCUAUCAAAUGACAGAAGAUUUUAUUCUGAACGAUAUAAAGUGAUAGCUCUGCAUUCUAUUCUUUCAACUCAAGAUCAAGCAGCAGCGUUUACACUUCCUCCUCCAGGAAUCAGGAAGAUUGUUUUAGCAACAAAUAUUGCAGAGACGGGUAUCACUAUUCCUGAUGUUGUAUUUGUCAUUGAUACUGGAAGGACAAAAGAAAAUAAGUACCAUGAAAGCAGUCAGAUGAGUUCUUUGGUGGAGACUUUUGUCAGUAAAGCUAGCGCUCUGCAGCGCCAGGGCAGAGCCGGGAGGGUCAGAGAUGGCUUCUGCUUUCGGAUAUACACGAGAGAAAGAUUUGAAGGCUUUAUGGACUAUUCUGUCCCUGAAAUCUUGCGUGUACCUCUGGAGGAACUAUGUCUUCAUAUUAUGAAAUGUGAUCUUGGUUCUCCUGAAGACUUCCUCUCUAGAGCCUUAGAUCCUCCCCAGCUUCAAGUAAUCAGCAAUGCAAUGAAUUUAUUGCGAAAGAUUGGCGCUUGUGAGCCAAAUGAGCCCAGGCUGACUCCACUGGGCCAGCACCUUGCAGCUUUACCUGUGAAUGUCAAAAUUGGCAAGAUGCUAAUUUUUGGUGCCAUAUUUAGCUGUCUUGACCCAGUGGCAACACUAGCAGCAGUUAUGACAGAGAAGUCUCCAUUUACCACACCAAUUGGUCGGAAAGAGGAAGCAGAUCUUGCAAAAUCAGCUUUGGCUGUGGCCGAUUCAGACCACCUUACGAUCUACAAUGCAUAUCUAGGAUGGAAGAAAGCACGGCAAGAAGGGGGCUACCGUUCUGAAAUCACAUAUUGUCGGAGGAAUUUUCUGAAUAGAACGUCACUGUUAACCCUAGAGGAUGUGAAGCAGGAAUUAAUAAAGUUGGUUAAGGCAGCAGGAUUUUCAUCAUCUGCAACUUCUACCAACUGGGAAGGAAACGAAGCCUCACAUGCCCUCUCCUUUCAAGACAUUGCCCUUCUUAAAGCUGUAUUGGCUGCUGGACUGUAUGACAGUGUGGGGAAGAUAAUCUAUACAAAGUCAGUGGAUGUCACAGAAAAAUUGGCUUGCAUUGUCGAGACAGCCCAAGGCAAAGCACAAGUACAUCCGUCCUCAGUAAAUCGAGAUUUACAAACUUAUGGAUGGCUUUUAUACCAGGAGAAGGUAAGGUAUGCCCGAGUAUAUUUGAGGGAAACUACCCUAAUAACUCCUUUUCCAGUUUUGCUGUUUGGUGGUGACAUAGAAGUUCAACACCGGGAACGUCUUCUUUCUGUUGAUGGCUGGAUCUAUUUUCAGGCUCCGGUAAAGAUAGCUGUCAUUUUCAAGCAACUAAGAGUUCUCAUUGAUUCUAUUUUAAGAAAAAAGCUUGAAAAUCCAAAGGUGUCCCUUGAAAAUGACAAGAUUCUACAGAUCAUCAUAGAAUUGAUAAAAACAGAGAAUAACUAAUACUGAAAUUCAUGGUUAACUGCCUUUAAGAUGAAGAUACAGUCUUAAAAUUUUGUGAAGAUCGCACAUCCCAUUAAGUAUUUCAUUACCUAAAAUACUUGUCCUUGCCAUUAACCCAAAGAUGGCGGGAAGAAAAAGCACAUACUUUCAACACAUACUUUUCUAGUUCCUUUUUAAUGAUGAUUAUUCAGAGUGUAUUUGCCAUGACAUUUACAAUAAAUUCUUUGGUAUCAUUCA